UGAAAACAAAAGGGAGAAGUGACAGUUGCUUGCAUCCAUCCUAUCCUAUGACAGUUGAGUAUUAACGGACUUAUGUUAAAUGGUAUGUGCUUUACAUCAUUGACAUCUGUUCUUUGUUACAUCAAGUUUUCCAUAAAUCUCACGCAAGAUCAUUUCUCACAAUGAUCAUGUCAUAUUGGGAACAGAUGACUUUCCUAAUUUCAAUCUUAAUUCUUGUGAAUGCUGGACAAGGACAGGAAUGUACCACGAUAAUAAAGAAUAUGGAAUACUCAUGUUCUGGGAGAAAUCUGACUCAAAUUCCCAGCAGUCUUCCUAUCACUGUGACAUCUCUGGAUUUCAGUUUCAAUUUCUUGAACUCUUUAAAUAAGUGUGUAUUUCCUGUAUUGUUCAAUUUACAAGUUUUGGAUCUCACAAGAUGCCACAUCAAGCAAAUUGAAAAUGAUUCUUUCUAUAACGUGAAGAAUUUGACUACUUUGAUUCUCACUGGAAACCCUAUUACAUAUUUUGGACCUGGAUGCUUGAAUUCUUUACAUAAUCUAAGGAGACUAGUUCUUGUGGAUAUUGGUCUCGCAUCCUUACAGCUUCAAAUGAAUAACCUAACCAAACUGCAGGAACUUAGAGUUGGAACAAAUAAUAUUCAGUCCGUGUCUCUCCCUCCAUUCAUGAGCUCCUUUAAAGAUUUCAGUUUACUUGAUCUACAUGCCAAUAAUAUUUCCAUCAUUAAAACUGAUCACACAGUUGUGUUGCGACAGAUUGGCAGAAACAUGACUUUGAUUCUCUCUAGGAAUCCAUUAUUACACAUUGAACCAGGAGCUUUCAGAGACAUUUAUCUCAGGGAGCUUCACAUACAAGCUUCCUUUGUUUCAACAAAUGCACAAAAGAAGUGUCUAAACGCUCUUACUGGUCUCAGUGUGGAUAGGUUGUUCAUGGGAAGUUACAGAAUGCAAUGGAAAAGCAGUGUGUCAGAUUCAAAUUAUCUUGAUGGUCUUUGCUCAGUUAAUUUCAAUGAAAUAUAUCUUAUUCAGAAAGAAUACUCUCAUUCUGAAAUGAACAUAUUCCAUUGUAUGAUCAAUGCGACAAAAAUCACAUUAAAAAUUGGAUAUAUCAAGAGAAUGGAACGUGUUCCUUUUUGCCGUCUUAAGGAACUGUAUUUAGGUCACACUUUAUUAUCUGUUGUACCAUCUGUUUCACACAUACCAAGCUUAGAAAAACUGGUGGUGAAGAAUACUAUUCCUAUGACCUUUUUUGGUAUCGGUGGCCUGCCUCUUCUUCAGUAUGUAGAUUUGAGUGAAAACUUUUUGAUUAUGAAGGACUGCUGUUACGGUUAUUUUCCAAACACAACAAAUAUUCGAUACUUGAAUCUUAGUCAAAACUCUGAGAUAGGGAUAGUUGAUAAGCCAUUUUCUGGACUUAACUUGCUUGAAGUGUUGGACCUCCACCACACAAAAUUAGUCAUAGUUUUUAACUUUGGAUUUUUACAAGGUCUAAAAAAUUUAAAGUAUUUGGAUAUCUCCCACACAAGUAUUACUUUAACAAGCUACAUGGCUUUUCGAGACCUGCAAAAUUUGACUGUGCUUAAAAUGGCAGGAAACAGUUUAGGUGGAGAUACAAUGAGAUAUCUCUUUCAAAAUCUAACACAUUUGGAGGUUCUUGAUAUCUCACACUGUAGCAUCGGAGAAAUCUCCAGGACAUCUUUUACCGGCACACAGAAACUAAAGCAUUUAUAUUUAAGUAAAAACAAGUUGAUGACUUUGGACUUUCUGGCCCAACCAGAGCUGAAACGUCUUACAUCAUUUUAUGUUGAUAAAAACAGCAUUACUAGCAUCCCACUUGAUGUUCUCCAAAAGCUGCCAACAAGCCUUUCAGAGUUUGAUUUGUCCUCCAAUCCCAUCGAUUGCUCCUGUUCCCAGACAGAUUUUAUUUUCUGGAUUAUCCAAAAUCAGAACAUUUUGAAGCAAGCAGAAAAUAUUUUCUGUAAAUCUUUUUCACCAAGCUCAGAUUUUAGAGCAGCAGACUUUGACAUUGACAGCUGUGUGCACAAGAAAAGACUCACAAUCAUUUUAUCAGUAUGUUUUGUUACAUUAGUAGUCGUGUUAUCAGUCUUGGCUUAUAGGUUCCAGUUUUAUCUUCAGUAUUGCUGUAUUCUACUGAGAGGCUACAGAUCACCUGGACAACAAGAGUGUUCCUAUGACGCAUUUGUGAUUUUCUCCAGCUAUGAUGAAGCCUGGGUCAUGAAUGAACUGAUGGAGAAUCUGGAGAACGGUGUUCCACCUAUUCAUCUUUGCCUUCACAUGCGGGACUUUCAAGCAGGGAAGUCCAUCGCCUCCAACAUUAUCGAUGAAGGAAUAAUGGGCAGCCGUAAAGUCAUUGUGGUUGUGUCUCAACACUUCAUUGAUAGCGCCUGGUGUCGCUUUGAGUUUGAAUUGGCUCAGUCCCGGUUUGUGAUGGAACGCAAUGCCAACAUCAUCAUCAUCAUUCUGGAAGAUGUGGAAGAGAGGAAGACUAAGAAAGUGUUUGGUCUUCAUAAGCAUCUGAAAAGGAACACAUACCUGAAGUGGAGCAGGGACCCUUUGAGUAACAUGAGAUUCUGGACACGGCUCAGGAGAGCUAUUAUAAAGCAAUAAUCUGAGCGUUUAUGUGAAUGUAUUGAAGUUGAUCAAAUAAACUGAUGCUUUUUUAUUUAAGAAUCUAAAGUAGACUUAUCAUCACAUUUUAUUUUGUAGUCAGUCAUUUUUCACAGGGUUGUAAUGCUAUUGUUUGUUGUGAAUACUGCACACAUAGGACUUUAAGCUCUUCUUGGCAAUGAACUUGAAACAAAAGGGAGAAGUGAAAGUUGCAUGCACAAUACAGUGUAAACAGAUCUUUAUCAAACACUAUUGUGCUUUGUGGUCGAAUAGAUUUUAGUCCCACAUCCCAUGAAUGUGUUACUGGAAACACUGAUGUGUAAAUUUGUUAAGUAAAAUUCUAUAACUAGCAACAGAAAAGUUCCUAGCUGAAUUUCCAACCUUCUGACAUUAGUUUGUUGUUUUUCUCUUCAUCACGUAAUAAGUUUCACAUCUCUCUCUCUCUCUCUGUCUGAACUUAGAUCAUAUAGUUCACAUACAAAUUUUAAGAAAAGAAUAUUAAUUUACAUUUUUGGCAUUUCAAUUGUCAUGUCCAUUAUAUCAAUGAUAUGAUGAUACUUGUGAACAAUUUGUCUACUUUGGUUCUCACAGGAAACUGAUAACACAUUUUGGACCUGGAUGCUUGAAUUCUGUGUAAUUUAAAUUUUCUUUGACCUCUGAUGUAGAUGUGGAAAUAAAUUAA